AUGGAAUUAAGUGUGCAACUUAUUGGGAAAAAUGCCUAUGAGGGAAAAUGGGGAGCUGGAGGAGGCUUUGGUUCAGGGGAGAACUUUGGUUCAGGGCUCCCGCCCUGGCCCCUGCUCCCACCCGGUCGGCCCGGCUCAGCCACGAUCAAGGCGAUCCUAAUCUUUAACAACCACGGGAAGCCACAGCUCUCCAAGUUCUACCAGCCCUACAGUGAAGAUACACAAUGGCAAAUCAUCAGGGAGACAUUCCAUUUGGUAUCUAAGAGAGAUGAAAAUGUUUGUAAUUUCCUAGAAGGAGGAUUAUUAAUUGGAGAAUCUGACAACAAACUGAUUUAUAGACAUUAUGCAACAUUAUAUUUUGUCUUCUGUGUGGAUUCUUCAGAAAGUGAACUUGGCAUUUUAGAUCUAAUUCAAGUAUUUGUGGAAACAUUAGACAAGUGUUUUGAAAACGUCUGUGAACUGGAUUUAAUCUUCCAUGUAGACAAGGUUCCCAAUAUUCUUGCAGAAAUGGUGAUGGGGGGAAUGGUAUUGGAGACCAACAUGAAUGAGAUUGUUACACAAAUUGAUGCACAAAAUAAACUGGAGAAAUCUGAGGCUGGCUUAGCGGGAGCUCCAGCCCGUGCUGUAUCAGCUGUAAAGAAUAUGAAUCUUCCUGAGAUCCCAAGAAAUAUUAACAUUGGUGACAUCAGUAUAAAAGUGCCAAACCUGCCCUCCUUUAAAUAAAAAAUUUAAAAGGCCACUCCCAGGUAAAAUCCAGGGGAAAAGUCAUCUAAGUUUACCAUGCAGUUGUUUACCAAAAAUAGAGGAGGAGAGUCUUAACUUUUGCUCUUGGAUUUAAGUCAAGGUACUGUAUAGAAGUUAUGUAAAAUCAGUAUGGAAGUU